CCGACGCGGCCAUGAAUGCAGCAUUUACGCUGUCGUCACUUCCAGAAUCACGUUUUCCUGCUAAACAUGGCUGCGACCUUGUGUGUGAAAUUACUACCGAAACAAGGAUGGCUUCCCCUGACACAGACUGUUCGGCACGGCUCCAAGGCUGUGACUCGCCACAGGAGACCGGUGCACAUCCUCAAACAGAAGAUCCUGGCUGUCACAGAGUACAUCCCUCCUAAGCGGCCUUUUCCUCCAGGCGCAUAUCCAUCCGAAACCCAACGAGUCCAGGAGGAAUCUCCUUUCGUCAUCCUCUUAAAGAAGCAAUUGGAGAAAGUGUUCCAGGACUGUAAGAUGGUCGCUGUGGUCCAGAACAACGCCUGCAAUGCUGAAGACAUGCUGACUCUCAGGCACAGACUUUAUAAACAUGGCAUCACUGUCAGGUUCUUUCCCAACCCGGUCAUACGGUCAUUCCUGAGCAGCAGCGUUUACUGCAACAUGGCUCCUCUGUUCAUCGGCCCGACAGUCCUGUUUGUUAGUAAAGAGCCAAAGGUGAAGCAGAUGUUGACGACUCUGAAAGCCAGUCCACAGAUGACACUCGUGGGAGCCUGUAUAGACAACACGUUGCUGAGUGCACAAGGUGUGGUGAGCUACUCCAAACUGCCGUCAAUCACUGUAGUCCAGGGCGAGCUGGUCAGCGGGCUGAUGAUGCUGACCUCCCACACGGUCUCCCUGAUGCAGCGCCACCCGGCCCACCUGUCCGCCCUGCUCCAGCAGCACGUCAAACAGCAGAGCUCGGACGACAGCGCAGAGGAGGCCACGUAGAGCUUCGGAGGAAACUCCCGAGACUGUUGCCUCGCAGAUUUCCUGCUACUUGAAACGACAAGGGACUGCUGGGUUGGAUGCAAACUUUAGAUUUUAUUGUAAAUUUAGUACCAAAAGUUCCAGGCAAUUUUUUUUAAGAUUAGAAGAACUCUGCAAAAACAAAAAUCUUAAAAAAUUUGAAUGGAGCAGUUCAAUUGGUGCUAAAUUAGACUAACUUGUACAAUGUGUGUCCACCCAUAGGGGCACUGUGGCUACUGUCGACUGUUUUCAGUGCACUGCAACCUCUCAAUGGAAGUCUUGUGUGGACAGUGCUGCAAAGGAAUUCCUUUACUUAAGGAUAUGGUCACAUAUAAAUAAACUAUGUCAACACAA